GUAAACACAUUGCCAUAUAAAAGUUAAAGCGAACGAAAUGUAUAAAAUCGUAAUUAUUCUACUGAGCGCUUUAGCGCUAUGGACAAGUUGUGCGGCGCGUGAUAUCGGCCGUGUAACGAACAGCAACUCCAUUGAAGGUCGCAUCAUUGGCGGCUAUGCGAUAGAAAAGGGUGUCGCCCCCUAUCAGGCUUCCAUACAGAACACAUUCGGCGAACAUGUGUGUGGCGGUUCUAUUAUCGCACCGCAAUGGAUCUUAACGGCUGGCCAUUGCAUGGAUUGGCCCAAGAAAUAUCUGAAGAUCAUCACUGGCACUGUGGAGUGGCAGAACCCAGGCGCCGUUUACUUGGUGGACGACAUCAAGGUGCAUUGCCUCUACAAUACACCAAUGUAUCACAACGAUAUCGCGCUUGUACGCCUUACUGAACCAAUUGUGUUUGACAACUACACCGCGGCAGUGCAAUUGGCUACCAACAAUACACUGCAGGAUGGCGAUGACUUAGUGCUCACCGGUUGGGGCAGCCAAAAGGCGUGGGGUAAUGCUAUAAACACUCUGAAUAAAGUUAGCUUGGAGUACUUGAAUUACACUGAGUGCACAAAAUCAGUAAAGAAUUCUAAAUUUCUUGGCAAUGGACAUAUUUGCACAUCCACCAAAAGUGGAAAAGGCGCCUGCAGCUACGACUCGGGCGGUCCAUUGGUCGAUGCCAAUCAGGUGCAGGUUGGUGUUGUCAACGGUGGUGAGCCAUGUGCCUUGGGCUAUCCCGAUACGUUUGCCAGUGUGUCUUACUUUCAUGACUGGAUAGUAAGUACCAUAGAAGGUACAAGCGCAUGCUGAGUUGGAGGUGAUUUGGUGUUGGAGAAGCAGGUGUGGGUGGAUAAAAGCCAACAAUGAUCAACUAUUUAGGUUACAAUUUAAUUCUUCAUGGAUUGAUUUAAAAGCUUGCAUACUCGUACAUAUGCCAAUAUGUAAGUACAUGUGUGUGAUAAAAACUAUAAUGAUCUACUUUAAUGCAGAAGCGAAUA